GGGUGGACCAGAGGAUCCGGUUUCGCCGGGAGAGAAACACAGUGGCUCACCGCUUCUCUGCUCACUCUCCACUGCAUGCUGUUCCAGCACAGAGCGCGCUGUUCUGGAGGAGUCUGGACACUGAGACACGCUGUUACAGCUCUUCUUCUCUGUGAUGUUGAUAGACCUGUGAAGAUCAGAAGCAACACCUGAUGAAACAUGCAGAGGACACUGAAUAGAUUAAGGAAGUCAUACAGACUGCCUCUCUGGACUUUUCAACAACAUUGGACCGUUGUAUGAAGUUAAAAGAAACGGAUGGCAAAUGACCAGCUUCCAAACUAUUUUUUAUGCACCAUAGCCAUGGACGUCUAAUGGCUAAACCUUCAAUGAAUGGUUUUCUCUUUUGGGUCAUUGGAAGCGCUGUAGAAUGGAGGAUCCAUUCCAGACAUUCUCUCAAGGGUCUGUCACGAUACCUCCAAGAAGAAUGAGCAAUUUUCACCAGAUGGAGAUAUGCGCAUGUCGCUACUGAACUGGUCCAAUGGUUCAUUUGUCUGGACGGAGAACUAAUAGGACCCUGAGGAAGAGGAAGUGGCCGUAACUUGACCCAUAACAAACUAUGUGCAUGAAGAGCCAGGCUGAAGCGGAUGAAAUGGGAAUCGACAGUAAAGUUUUGAACAAAACUUGCUUUGUGGUCUACACCUGGGAAAUAUGAGACUUUAGUCGACAGACAAAACACAAACAGUUCUUCUUCGUUUUAAUCAAAGACAUACCCUAGUGACUUCAACAAGUGGUUCUGGCAUGGGUGGCCAUUGGCUGAUCCGUUUGUCUUGUUUUUGAUGGUUCGCAGAGAUGCCCCAACUUUAUUGAACUGCGUCAUCUUACCCAUCUUGUUGUUGAGGUUGUCUGCUGUGAUGCUGCGCAGGGGUCAUCUGGCCUGGCUCUCACGUGUGGGUGUUCUGUUAGUGGUGGUGUGCUGUUGUCUUUCCCUCCUUUAUGUCAUCACUUGCAGCCCCCAUGCUGAUGAGCCCAUGGCUGGGCAACCCCUGCCCAGGGCUGGAGGGAUGGCUAUGGCAGGAGGUCCAAGCAGGCCAGGUGGGGUUGGAGGUGCCCCCAUUGGCCCUGCCGGACGGGAAGGGUUCCAAGCCCUUCUCCAAGAGCGUGAAGAGCAGCACCGGCAGCAUAUUGCCAGCUUGAAAAAACAAAUUGCUCAACUCAAAGAGGCUCUCCAGGAACGGAGCGAACAACUUAAAGGCAUGCAAGACUCUGUGGAGAAGACGGCUGGGAAGGGGGCGGUGGGCGACGUGGCUGACGACCACAGUCACAGCGACCUGCAGGAGUUCCUACGCAGCCAGCUGAGCCGGGCAGAGGUGCACUCUGGGAUAAGACUUCCGAGCGAGUACGCCGUGGUGCCCUUUGAGAGCUUUACCUUACAACGCGUCUACCAGCUGGAAAUGGGGUUGACCCGUCACCCCGAGGAGAAGCCGGUGAGGAAGGACCGCAGGGAUGAGCUGGGGGAGGUGGUGGAGAGUGCGCUACAUGCCCUCAAUGCACCAAAUCAAGGUGGAGACAAAGCGAAGGCCAGCAAAGUCUACACACCAUCAGACUUUAUAGAAGGCAUAGCGCGCACUGAGAAGGACAAGGGCACGCUGUACGAGCUGACCUUCCGUGGAGAACAGAAGCAGGAGUUUCGCAGGCUGCUUCUCUUCCGCCCCUUCGGCCCCCUCAUGAAAGUGAAAAGUGAGCUGGUGGAGACGGCCAACAUGCCCAUUAACAUUGUGCUGCCUCUGUCCCAGAGAGCCGACAAAUUCAAACAGUUCAUGCACAACUUCAGAGAGGUGUGUGUGAAGCAGGACAGCCGGGUGCACCUUACCGUGGUAUACUUUGGAAAGGACCAGAUGAAUGAGGUCAAAGGAACCUUGGAGAACACAUCAAGGGAACUGAAUUUCCGUAACUUCACUCUGAUUCAGCUGAAUGAGGAGUUUUCUCGGGGUCGAGGGCUGGAUGUGGGCGCUCGUGCUUGGAAAGGAGGAAACGUGCUGCUCUUCUUCUGUGACGUGGACAUCUUCUUCACAGCCGACUUCCUGAACACGUGCCGUCUGAAUGCCCAGCCUGGAAAGAAAGUGUUUUACCCCGUCCUCUUCAGCCAGUACAACCCAGCUGUAAUCUACGGCAGUCAUGAUCACAUCCCCCCUGUGGAACAGCAGCUGAUCAUCAAGAAAGACACUGGCUUUUGGAGGGACUUUGGCUUUGGAAUGACCUGCCAAUACAGAUCCGAUUUCAUCAAUAUAGGUGGUUUCGAUGUGGACAUUAAGGGCUGGGGCGGCGAGGACGUCCACCUGUACAGGAAGUACCUCCACAGUAACCUGCUGGUGGUGCGCGCCCCGUCACGCGGCCUCUUCCAUCUGUGGCAUGAGAAGCGCUGCGCUGACGAAUUGCCUCCGGACCAGUACAAGAUGUGCAUGCAGUCCAAAGCCAUGAACGAGGCCUCGCACGGCCAGCUUGGCAUGCUGCUCUUCAGACACGAGAUAGAGGCGCAUCUCCGCAAACAGAAGCAGCGGAGCGGAGCUAAAAAAGCUUGAUGGAUGUUACCUCUUCUUCAUAUGCUCUUAAAGGAACAGUUCACACAAAAAUGAAACAUUUAUGAAGCCUCAUGACAUUUGACGUUGUUUGUUCUGUGGAAGCAGAGCUCUGGUGGUUUCUUCACUGUUUUUAUGGUGAAUUUGACCGAAGCUUCGAAAAAGCACCAUAAAAUCAGGAUCAUGUUUAUGAGAAAAGUUUUAAAGAAUUUAAUAUUUUUAUUGAAUCGCAUCACAGAACCAGUUUGAAUGAUUCGUUCAUGAAUCAGACUGAUCUGUGAUUUUGACUUUUUUCUGUUUCAAUCGUAUUGGUUUAAAAGUCCUCUUGUGCUUACCAAGUCUCCAUUUAUUUGAUUAAAAAAUACAGUAAAAGACAUAAUGUUACAAAAGAUUUAUAUUUCAAAUAAAUGCUGUUCAUUGAAUUUUUUAUUCAUCAAAAAAAUUGUAUCAGGGCUUCCUCAAAUAUAUUAAGCAGCGAAAACAGCUUCAGCAUUGAUAAUAUUAUUAAUAAUUGAGCACCAGUAAUAAUUGGCAAUAACUGAGAACCAAAUCAGCAUAUUAUUAUGAUUUCUGAAGGAUCACGUAACACUGAAAACUGAAGUAAUGGUGUUGAAAAUUCAGCUUUGUGUCACAGGAAUAAAAUACAUUUUCAAAUAUAUUUAAAUAUAAAACUGUUAUUCUGAAUUGUAAUAAUAUAUCACAUUAUUACCCUUUUUACUGUAUUUUUGAUCGAACACAUUCAGCCUCGGUGAGCAUAAGAGACUUCUUUUAAAAAAAUAAAUCUGAAUUAUUCCCAAAUGUUUGAUUGUAAUCGCAUGGAAAACAGCAUCCUGUACAUUCUUCAGAAGUUCUCCUUUUAUGUUUCACAGAGAGGAAAGAAAGUAUUUGGUUUGGCAUGACACUAGGGCGAGUAAAUGAUGACAGAACUCAUUUAUGUUAUGCAUGAGAGGGGAAGUGAAGAAAUUAUACAGUACUGCCUUCAGUGAAGAGCCGGUUUUAGUCAAACUGACGCACACACAUAUGCGAACCCAAACACUGAGAUAACCAAGAGACACCACAGACAGACAUUCCCUCAAGACAAGAUAGUCGUGUGUGGGUGUGCAGUGAAGGACCUUCAAGUCUCUUUGGAGUGAUACAAUAUUAUCCACAGUAUUAUAGAGAUGCAGCACAUGAUGAGUCUGUAAUGCACUUCACCCGGUCAGCGGGUUACGCUGAUGAACUGCUGUCUUUCAAAAGCAUUCUGUACUAUACUAACUGCUACAAAUAACAUUUAGACGAGACUUUGUUUCAGCUUUUUUUUUUUUUUUAGAAAAUGCCUUUAAUUGCUAUUACUGUAUAACGUAGGUACGUAAUUUCUUAAUUGUGAAUCGAUGAGCGAGAAGAUGAUUGAGGGCCUUAAUGCAUGUAUCUAGACAACUGUGUUGACAGUUCACAGACGAGUGGUUCAAAGAACUGCAAUUCAGUUUAUUACCCUUGAUUUAUUAAUGUUGUGGCGCCACCUCGUGGUCCGUGACUUGAUGGUUUUACAGGGGAACUUCGUUAUAUACUCAUAUUGUAACACAACAACACAUCAAAGUUAUAAUUGGUUUUUAAAGGAAAAUCAAAUUCUAAUUUUGAUUUUAAAGAGACAAAGAAUUGUAAUACGUGAGUGAUAUUUUGUAUAACAAAGAAUUUUGUGUGAAAAGAGAAUCAUGAGUGCUGAAGAUUAACAGUAUUUGUAAAAGGGUUUAUUUAAGUGACCCUUCCAAUACUUAUAUUUGUGCACAAUUUAUAACCCAUUUUAUUGAAGUUCAGGCAGAAUACAAGCCUGUCAGGUAUAUAAAAGACUUCAGGGUGCAAAGCACUCUGUUUUUCUCCUAGUGCUGUAUAGUAGGCGAUAAUAUUUAUUUAUUUGGGGACAGGAUUUCUUGUUUUUUUUUUUUUUUUACUUCACCCCCAAACCUCAAAGCUUUGUAUGUUUAAGUAUUCUUUAAAUAUUUUGUUUUGGAACGAAUUCCCUCUGAUUUAUUGUAAAUUAAAAUUCAUUUAGAUUUUUUUUGAGGACAAAGCAGAAUAAAACGAAGAAGAAGAAAAAACACUGAUUUUCAUACGUCAUUAUUUACUAUAAACACCGUCAAUGAAAAUGAUUUGUCCAGACUUUACCACUAGAUGGCAGUAUUGCAUUAUUAAUUUGAGUCGUCCUGACCUCUCUGCACUAUUUGUUUCUAGUUGGCUUGCCAUGAUGAUAUGUAGCCUAUUGUGAUUUUUGAACAUUUUUAACAAUACACUAAUUAUUUUAAUUUAAUAUUUUUUUACUGAUUUCACAUGACAUUGUUUGUAAAGAACACCACUAAAUGGCUCAACAAACUAAAUAUAGAUUUAAAUAGUCAUGAUAAAGCUGCAUAAUUUUGAUAGGACACUUAAAUUGUGUCAUGAAUGACAUUUGAGUAUCUAUGAUUAGCUUUUUUUUUUUUUUUAUAAAAACGACAUGUUCUAAACAUAAAACACUACUUUUCCUAUAAA